GCGGGACCCGACUAGCAAACUGUUGCAUUUGCUCUCCACCUCCCGGCACCCCCUCCGAGAUCCCGGGGAGCCAGUGUGCUGCGAGCGCCGGAGGGUCCGGAGCAAGCCUGGAGGCAGAGCCAGCGACCGAGGGAAAGCGAACGAGCUAGCUGCUUCCGUGCGGGACAGGAGCCUAAGGGACGCACCGCGUCAACCCCAGCGGGCUCUGGCGACAGCCAACGCCUCUUGCAGCGCGGCAGCUUCUAAGUCGCCGCCCCGGAGCUGCCCUUUCUUCUUCGGUGAAGUUUUUAAAAGCUGCUAGAGACUCGGAGGAAGCAAGGAAAGUGCCGGGUAGGACUGACGGCUGCCUUUGUCCUCCUCCCCUCCCCCUGCCCCCCACCCCCAGGGUCUCCUCUACGGCUGCUGCCUCUGUCUGUUCCUCUCAGCCCCCUCAACCUCCCCCGCCCCCGCGCUUCCAGUCAGUCCCGCGCGGCCAGCCCGAGUUUGCAGAGAGGUAACUCCCUUUGGCUGCGAGCGGGCGAGCUAGCUGCACGUUGCAAAGACGGCUCUGGGGUGCCAGGAGAACUGGGAGCUGCUUCAGCGCUGCAGCCAGAAUCUGGCUGGUUAGGCGGUACGCAGGUCAGACCCCCUGGUUCCUCUUACUCCCUUUCCACCUCCCCUGCACGCUGCUCCUCCUUCCCACCAGUUUGUGGGGCCAGAGAUCAAGCGAUGAAAAGGCAGUCAGGACUUCAGUAGCCAACCCCCCCCCCGCAAAAAAAAAUAAAAAAAGAAAGAAAGAAAAGGGACAAAACAUAACAAAGCCCCAACCAAAACCAAACAAACGAAACCCAACAGCAAAACCCAAAAUAAACCAAAGAGAAAAUAACCAGGCUCCUAUUUGCACCUGCUUCAGUGGAUAACAAAUUCAGAAGACGGAGGGUCCCCCCUACCUUCAAGAAGCAUCUUUUGAAUCUACCCUACAAGUAUUCAGGAACAGAUUGUGAGCCUACCAGGGAAGAUCGUGUCCAGGGCGUGUUUUCUCUGCACUAGACUUUGAGGCUGUCAGAACGCUUUGGAGUGGUUAUUCCUGCAAGUUUCCUUAUCAGGAGCUUCCCGCAGGUGGGCAACUAGCUGCAGCAACUACGCACUGCAGCCUGUUGAACUCUUCUCAGCAAGAAAAGGGGAGCAGGAUAAAGGAAUUAGGUAAAAGAUUGAGCCAAGCUUCGGGAUGGAAGUGCAGUUAGGGCUGGGGAGGGUCUACCCCCGGCCACCGUCCAAGACCUAUCGAGGAGCUUUCCAGAACCUGUUUCAGAGUGUAUGCGAAGUGAUCCAGAACCCACUCCCCCGGCACCCUGAGGCCUCGAGUGCAGCACCUCCCGGCGCCCGUUUGCAGCAGCAGCAGGAGACCAGUCCACGGCAGCAGCAGCAACAGCAGCAGCAGAGAGAGGAUGGCUCUCCCCAAGUCCAGAGCAGAGGCCCCACAGGCUACCUGGCCCUGGAAGAGGAACAGCAGCCUUCACAACAUCACUCAGCCCCCGAGGGUCACCCGGAGAGUGGCUGCGUCCCAGAGCCCAGAGCUGCCUCUGCUGCCGGCAAGGGGCUGCAGCAGCCGCUGCCAGCACCUCUGGAUGAGGAUGACUCAGCUGCCCCAUCCACGUUGUCCCUGCUGGGCCCCACUUUCCCCGGCUUAAGCAGCUGCUCCACCGAUCUUAAAGACAUCCUGAGCGAGGCCGGCACCAUGCAACUUCUUCAGCAGCAGCAGCAGGAGGCGGUAUCCGAAGGCAGCAGCGGGAGAGCGAGGGAGGCCACUGGGGCUCCCAUCUCUUCCAAGGACAGUUACCUAGGAGGCAGUUCGACCAUCUCGGACAGCGCCAAGGAGUUGUGUAAGGCAGUGUCGGUGUCCAUGGGCUUGGGUGUGGAGGCGUUGGAGCAUCUGAGUCCUGGGGAGCAGCUUCGGGGGGAUUGCAUGUACGCCCCGCUCCUGGGAGGUCCACCAGCCGCGGUGCGUCCCACUCCUUGUGCCCCGUUGGCUGAAUGCAAAGAUUCUUUGCUGGAUGAUGGCCCGAGCAAGGGCACUGAAGAGACUGCUGAGUAUUCCCCUUUCAAGGCAGGUUACACCAAAGGUCUGGACACUGAGAGCCUGGGCUGCUCUGGCAGCGGCGAAGCAGGGGGCUCUGGAACACUUGAGCUGCCAUCCACCCUGUCUCUCUAUAAGUCUGGAGCACUGGACGAGGUAGCAGCUUAUCAGACUCGCGACUACUACAACUUUCCGCUAGCCCUGGCCGGGCCGCCGCCCCCUCCACCACCUCCCCAUCCUCAUGCCCGCAUUAAGCUGGAGAACCCGCUGGACUACGGCAGCGCCUGGGCGGCCGCUGCAGCGCAGUGCCGCUAUGGGGACCUGGCGAGCCUGCAUGGCGGGGGUGCAGCAGGACCGGGCUCAGGCUCACCCUCAGCCGCCGCCUCCUCUUCCUGGCACACUCUCUUCACGGCCGAAGAAGGCCAGCUGUAUGGGCCAGCUGUAUGUGGCGGAGGCGGGGGCGGCAGUGCAGGCGAGGCAGGGGCUGUAGCCCCAUACGGCUACACUCGGCCACCUCAGGGGCUGGCGGGCCAAGAAGGCGACUUCUCCCCACCCGAUGUGUGGUAUCCCGGCGGCGUGGUGAGCAGAGUGCCCUAUCCAAGUCCCAGUUGUGUCAAAAGCGAAAUGGGUCCCUGGAUGGAGAACUAUUCUGGACCUUAUGGGGACAUGCGUUUGGAGACCACCAGGGACCAUGUUCUGCCCAUCGACUAUUACUUUCCACCCCAGAAGACAUGCCUGAUUUGUGGGGAUGAAGCUUCUGGCUGUCACUAUGGAGCUCUCACUUGUGGAAGCUGCAAAGUCUUUUUUAAAAGAGCCGCUGAAGGAAAACAGAAGUACCUGUGUGCCAGCAGAAAUGAUUGCACCAUUGAUAAAUUCCGAAGAAAAAACUGUCCAUCUUGUCGUCUCCGGAAAUGCUAUGAAGCAGGGAUGACUCUGGGAGCCCGGAAACUGAAGAAACUUGGGAAUCUGAAGCUACAAGAGGAAGGGGAGGCUUCCAGUGCCUCCAGCCCCACUGAGGAGCCAGCCCAGAAGCUGACAGUGUCACAUAUUGAAGGCUAUGAGUGUCAGCCCAUCUUUCUGAAUGUCCUGGAAGCCAUUGAGCCAGGGGUGGUGUGUGCUGGACAUGACAACAACCAGCCUGACUCUUUCGCAGCUUUACUCUCUAGCCUCAAUGAACUGGGUGAAAGACAGCUUGUACAUGUGGUCAAGUGGGCCAAGGCCUUGCCUGGCUUUCGCAACUUGCACGUGGAAGACCAGAUGGCAGUCAUUCAGUACUCCUGGAUGGGGCUUAUGGUGUUUGCCAUGGGCUGGCGGUCCUUCACCAAUGUCAACUCCAGGAUGCUGUACUUUGCCCCUGACCUGGUUUUCAAUGAGUACCGCAUGCACAAGUCCCGGAUGUACAGCCAGUGUGUCCGAAUGAGGCACCUCUCCCAAGAAUUUGGAUGGCUCCAAAUCACCCCCCAGGAAUUCCUGUGCAUGAAGGCACUGCUGCUCUUUAGCAUUAUUCCAGUGGAUGGGCUGAAAAAUCAAAAAUUCUUUGAUGAACUUCGAAUGAACUACAUCAAGGAACUUGAUCGUAUCAUUGCAUGCAAGAGAAAAAAUCCCACAUCCUGCUCAAGGCGCUUCUACCAGCUCACCAAGCUCCUGGACUCUGUGCAGCCUAUUGCACGAGAGCUGCAUCAGUUCACUUUUGACCUGCUAAUCAAGUCUCACAUGGUGAGCGUGGACUUUCCAGAAAUGAUGGCAGAGAUCAUCUCUGUGCAAGUGCCCAAGAUCCUUUCCGGGAAAGUCAAGCCUAUCUAUUUUCACACUCAGUGAAGCUUUGGAAGCCCCCAUUUUCUUACCCCACCUCACUCCCUUUUUCAGAUAUCUUCUGCCUGUUUUAACUCUGCACUACUUCUCUGCAGUGCCUUGGGGAAUUUCCUCUAUUUAUGUACAGUCUGUCAUGAAGAUGUUCUUGAAUUCUAUUUGCUGGGCUUUUUUUUUUUUUUCUCUUUCCCUCCUUUCUUUUCUAUCUCUACCUAUCUGACUCUCCCAUGGCACUUUCAGACUGUACUCCCUGCUGUGGCUCUUAUCUGUGUUUUGAAUGCUGUUGUAUUUCUUUAAAUCUCUGAUGAUCCUCAUGUGGCACAGUGUCAAGUUGUGCUUGUUUAUAGCACUAUGCUGUGUGCCAGCUACACAAACGUUUACUCACCUAAUGCCACGUGAAGUUUAGAGAGCUAAGAGUAUCUGGAAAAACAAAAGACAAACAAACAAACAAAAAACACACUAUGGUUUUUCCCUCAUAAAAAAUAUUAAAACAGAAAUUACCAAAGAGGCCAACAGUAACUAGAAUAAGGUGAAAAUUGCAAGCCCAUGGGGAGUCACUGCUUUUUUCCCCCAAACCCUCUCUCCCUGGGAGACUUUAUUUUCUGCCAAUGGCUAUUGCCAUUAGAGGGCAGGGUGACCCCAGAACUGAGGUGGAUGGGGGCAGAUUUAAGAUAGGACGGAUGGAUCACCAGUACCUGCCCACAGCCUUGGCCCCUGAGAGCUAGGCUGUUCAACUGCAGCACAAUUCAUGGUACUGAAAAAUGUGCUUCAUGUUUGAAAACCUGUCUGUUGGGAAUGCCUCCCCACACCAGUCCCUUUUCUCUUGCAUCCUCUGCCUCCACCCUCAAAUUGACUUUCAAUAUCUUUUCUAAGAGCUUUGAACUGAAUGUUCUCUUUAGCCAAAACUUGGCCACUUCCACUGAAGAAUCAGACCAGCAAGAAGGAGAGGGAGAUCUGACCUUUUGUAAGGCCCCAUUCUGAUCCAGGUCUGCAUUUCCAUUUGUGGCUCAGGGAGGAGCCUAGGGCUAGAGUCAGAGGAAAAGGAAGUGGUGGCUUGACUGUUCUCCUGCUUAGGACACUGAAGAUUUGAUCCUUCUUUGCCUCUACCUUUAAGAGACCUGAAUGUUUUCUGCCUGACUCCAUGCAGCUGCAAGCAUCGUCCAUCCUCCCUUCUGUGUUUUCUGGGCCCGAGCUUCACCAGACUUCACUACAGCCACAGUGGUGAAACUUAUCCACUCCUUGGGCACAUUCAGACUCUCUGCUAAGAACUCCCACCCCCAAGAAGGCUAACAAGUCAGCAGUCUUGAUGUCUAUCUCUAGAUGCCAGUAGGCUCAAAGAUUUCUUACCAUAUGUCUCUCCUCAACUGAACUCUCAGAACUCUGUAGACCUUAGACAAACUGGAAAGAAGGUAUCAACGGGAUUGGACAAGCUGGGCGUCUUGCCCUUGUCCCCCAGAGAUGACACCUUCCCACCAAGUGAAGAAUGCCCACUUCCUCCUUCAGAGCAGCUAAAGGGGCUACCCAGAUCUGUGUUGAAGAGAAAACUCUGUUACCAAUGUGAGAAAAAGGAAGGCACUAGAAACGGAAAUCCUGUAAAUGCUCUCCUUUCCAUCCAACAUAUCCACCUGCAGAAGUCAGGGAAAGAAGAGAGAAGAAAUCAAGAGAAUACUAACUAAUAAAUUAAAAGUUUUCAGAAGCAAAAUCUAAAGCCAGAUGGGCACCAUCUGGUGAGUUUAUUCACCAUCCUUCUCUGCUGCUGAUUCUGGGCUCUAACGUUGGCCAUACUCACUCAGCCACUUUUGUUGCUGCCUCUCAGCCAGAGGAAGCUGAAAUACUGAAACUACCGAACCAUGGCCUCCUUUGGAAAGGUCUGGUUGGUGUGGCUCUGAUGGGCUGCCACCUAUGAACUUGGUGUGUUCCAGCAACACUGGUUUCAUAUAGUCCUUUGGCACUCCUUUGUUCUGUUGACUUUGUCCCCCAGUCACGAGUACUGGGGAAUGCCUACCUACUUUCUCAUCUUGGCCACUGUCUCUUCACAUAGCUCUUAAAUUCAUCUGCUAAACAACAAAUUAGAAGCCAGUCACCAAGCUGCCCGUUUCAGCUAGUUCACUCUACUUGUUGUUGAGAAGAUAGUUUCUGAGUGACAUGAUAUGAUCUACAUGGGUUUCCUCCCCUGAUUUCUGCUGAUAUUAAUAGCCAAAUGAACCUGCAAAACAGCUUCUUUAAAUAACAAGGGAGAGGGGAACUUAAGAUGUGUGUUACACCAAUCCAAGUCUGCUGGAGAAAACUAAAGCUGACAGGUUCUCUUUAUAGGGUAGGAUAGAACAAUUCUGUUUUUCUUUGUUAUGACACCAUUUGGCUUACGGAAUCACUUUUAGCUGUUUUAAAGAGAAAAAAAAUCCACCACUCUAUUCAUUUAAACUAGGUUACUUUUUAAUAGUUCCUUUACAUCUGUUUUGAAAUGAUCCUCAUCUUUUGUGGUACAUGGAUUUGAGUAUAUUAUUCUAAUACCUCUCCUUGUAAAUACUAGAUGCUCUCCUUUCCAUUUCUCUGGCUAUCAAGGAUUUCAUCUUUAUAGAUUUCCCAAUCGUGACUCUUGUCUUUAUGAGUAUAUGUUUUUUCACUUGUGAAAGCCAAAAAUCAGUGAAAUGGCAGUGUAAUUAAAAACAGAAACAACUAGAUUACUCUGAACUCCCAAAUGACAAGACAAGGAGAAAAUGGCCUAAACAAGGAUUUAGGUGUACUGUUUUUGCACUGGGCUUCCCUGGUGGCUCAGACGGUAAAGCGUCUGCCUGCAAUGCAGGAGACCCAGGUUUGAUUCCUGGGCCAGGAAGGUCCCUGGAGAAGGAAAUGGAAAUCCACUCCAGCACUCUUGCCUGGAAAAUCCCAUGGAUGGAGGAACCUGAUAGUCUACAGUCCAUGGGGUCGCAAAGAGUCGGACACGAGUGAGCGACUUCAAUUUCACUUUUGAUUUCACUUUCAGUGAGCAAAAGAGAUUUUAGCUUAGCUUUGGCUCCCACAGAUGAAAGGGGGAUUUUUAUUUUCUUUUGGCCAUUGUUGUUCCAGCCAGCAUAAUUGCCAGAAGUCUCAUUUUGCAUGCACUCUGCUCUACAAACAGAUUUGAUACAGUUGGUACAUUGUGCUCACCUUUGAAGGAUCGGCCACCCACACCUAUUCACCUGGUGAGCUUAAAGAUGAGGAUCACUCACCAGACAAGCCAUGGAGACUAUCCCCAAAAAGGUUUGCAGUGCUCAAUGGGGAUGGAGAGUGAGGAAGAGAAAAAGAAGGAGCACCAAGGAGAAAGUCCCAUCUGUGCUGGGCAGCACACAGCUGCCAGGUUCAUAAAUUCUGUGGUCAAGGAAGAGUCGUGUGGCAGUUUCAGCUCUUGCUCAUUGGGCAGCUUGCCCAGACCUGGCCUCUGAGUUGAAAUGCGGGUUGGGUUCUUUGUUCCAUAGCUUUUCUAUGCCACAGACAGUAUCUUUGUUCUUGGAGAGUUCAUUAUUUUUUUAACAAGAAAGAAGAUUUUUGAAGGAUUCUGUCAUAUAUCUUUGAAAAAAAUAAUCAGUAAUACAUAUAUUUUUAUAUAUGUUAACUGGCACUUAAAAAGGUGGCGGGGCGGGGGGGAGAGUUUCACUCUGUCCUUUGGGUAGUUGCUGAAGUGAUUUUCCAGGUUGAGAAAUAAUGCGCUGAUGCUAGAAUCCCUCUCUGUUCAUAUUCUACUUCUAUAUACAUAUAUGAAUAUAUAGCAAGAAAUAUUCUAUUUGUACUUCAAGAGAAAAUAGGUCCACCAUCCACAUGAUAUUGAUACUACACAAAUGAUCUAAUGUUAAGCAUCAAGUAGUCUCUGAGUGUUUGUUUCAUUAGGCACAGCACAGACAUGGCCUUGUCCUCUUUUCUUUCUUGAUACUGGGCAUGACUCAAAAGUACAAGCCACUCCCUCUACUCCCUUUCAGUCUUGUGCUAGGGUUGCACUUCAUGAGACUCCUUUCAGACAGCUUAAUAACUAUCCCUGCAUGGUUCCUACAUGGCCCUGGGAAGACAAGAGGUUGAAUAUUAAUUAUUUUAUGGCAGUUGCCCAGGUGAGAGGACACUGGGCCCAAGGGGGUUGACGUUCAUGCUCAACUAUAUGUAGGGGGUCAUGAGAAUCAGGAAUGCUAAAACACAAGAUCCAAUCCCAAACUUAAGUCAAAAUAAUCCAUUUAUCAUGUGCACUAUCUAAUAAAAGGAAGUUUCUACCCUUGCUGCCUUUUAUUAGGCGGGUCUGUUCUCACCACUAAUCUCUUUGAAAAUCUGUGAAAGCAGUUUAAAAAAAAAAAUAAAGAGACCAAAAAAAAAAAAAGACAGUGCAUAACAUUAUGUAACCAAAGAUUACAUUGUAUCUGCUAAUUUACCAAAAUUUUUAAGGGCAGGGAGGGAGCAAACAUUAGUGCCUCUUUGGUAACCUAUCCAAAAACAGACUAAAGGACUUUGCUGGUGACUGACUUAUAAGAGUUUUGUGGGGUUUUCCCCUCCACAAUAUACAUGUUUAGAACAGUGGAAGAUAAUUUUGAAAAAUAAUGGGAUUAUGGGUCCUUCAGUAAGUGAUUUUUAUAAAAAGAACUAGCUUUCCUUUCAUGUAGUAGUUGCUGAGCAUAUUCUUAAAGCUCCAUCAUUGAAUGGUUGGAAAUGGAGCUGUCUUGGCCACUGUGUUUGCUAGUUCUGAGGUUAGCUUAUCUGAAGAUGUGAAGCCCUUGCUGAGAAGGGAGCAUUUAAAGGAUUAGAUUUUGCACUAGAGGGACAGCAGGCGGAAAUCCUCAUUUCUGCCCACUUUGAAUGGCACAAAAAAUUUCUCUGCAGUUUAAGGCAGAAGGUUGAAAUAUAUUGUAAAUGAGUAUUUGUAUCCAUGUUUCAAAAUUGAAUUAUAUAUAUAUAGAUAUAAUGUGUUCUAAUAGCUUUACCUCUCUCUGUACCUUUAUAUUUGGUUCCAGGUCAUAGCUGAUACCAUGUACUUGUAAGAGAGGCCACAGCUACAUUUUAGAAGCUCUCAGAAUGGAAAAGACACCUGCAUUGAUCAGAUAACCAAGAGAUCUCUGUUCAUAUUGAGGCCUGACUCACAGGCCUUGCAAAGGAGCAGAGAAGGGAAAAGGGUAGGGUACAUUAUGUGUUGCACUUUACUAGCCCAAGACAGAUGAAUGUGUAAAGGGUGGUGAAGUCCCAUUGAAACGGACUGGGAUUUACCAUAGGGAAGGCCCAUACUUGGGGCCAAAGGCCCACCCAAACGAUUAGCCAGUGGCCCCCUAAUGGGACCUGUGCAGCUGGAAGAAGAAAGGGUGUUCUUUGUUCUUCAUCACCCCAGUAAGAAAAGGGCAGUUUCCUGCACUUGGGAACCUGGAGCAAGUGCUCCAUUUCAAACAAUUCACUCACCUGCGAUUGAGGUGCUCUUGCUACUGGGUGUCUAUGUGCUCUAAUUCUGAUUUUGGAUAUGUUCUGUAAAGAUUUUGACAAUGAAAAUGUGUUUCUAUUUGUUAAAAAAUUAUCAGUGUACUAGAAGUAGUAUAUCUGUAGGUACAGGUCCAUCUCUACCCACAGGUAGGGAUGUUUUUCUUCAGAGAUUGACACUGGGGUCUGUUGCCCAGAGCCUCCCAAUCCUUAACCUUUUCUAGGUGAAGGCAGAAAAAUCCACAAUCAGUCACUCAUCUAAAAACACUUCAGCUGAAGUAACAAACCAUUCAAAAUGUUUCCAUUCCAAAUAUAAGUGGUAAAUAUUUUAAUUUAACAGGUAGAGUUUUAAAGGGAAAAGUAGCCUUUGACUCAUCUUUGAUUUUUCCUCAUUAGAUUUGGCCAUAAAAUAAAUGAUACACAUUGAUUGGUUUUAACCCCAAUUCAGUUGAGCAAGAGUACUGGUUCCUUUCUUUAUCCCACUUCUCUCUUAGCUUUUUAUGGAAUUAAAUGAGAAGCUAUGGUCUGAGUAGCCCUUGUGGUUUAAAACAGUUUGCACAUGCAUUACUUUAAAAGGCUGUCACAUAGCUACAGAUUCCAUUGGCCACCAAUACUGGAACUCACAUCCAUUCCCAAAGGAAAGGAAAUUCUGGAAUGAUACUGCUUCUCUGCUGGUGCCCUCCUGGGCUAAUGCUUCACAUUUUGGAACUCUGUACCUUGCACAGUAGAUAAACCAAGCCUGCAGUCUCUCCCAGCUUUAGCCCUUGGUGUUGUACUGCAGUGAUGUGCCUGUGGGGUUGUUCAAUCCCAUAAGCCACUCAGGUGCUGAGAGUACCCACCAUUGGGAUGACCCAAGCUACCAAAAUAGUUUCUCCCCCAACUCAUUGACACCUUUCUGCUUUUCCCUAGACUGGAGUAUUGAUUAGGGAGUGCCUCAGACAUGACAUUCUUGGGCUGUCCUCGAGAUUACUUUGGCAGCAGAAGAGAGCAGACUAUGUAACCAGAUGUAAGAAUUUACUUUAUGCUGAGGGAAAAAUUUUAAAGAAAGAAAGCAUCAUAUAAAGUUUUUUUUUUUUUUUUUAAGAAGCAUUCAUUUUGCUUGAAACGUCUUUUGAUGGGGCUUCAGUUCUCACAACGACACUUGGCCUCCACUGGGCAGCAGAACCAGCCCCAAGCGCUAGUGUUCUAUUCUCUUUUUGUAAUCUUGGAAUCUUUUGUUGCUCUAAAUACAAUUAAAAAUGCAGAAACUUGUUUGUUGGAAUACAUGUGUGAUUCUGGGUUUGUCUCUGUCUCUGCUUUCAGAAAUGUCAUCCAUUGUGUAAAAUACUGCCUUGCUGGCUUGCCAGCUAAAACUUGGCCACAGCCCCUGUUGUGGCUGCAGGCUCAAGUUAUUGUUAACAAAGAGACCCAAGAAAAGCUGCUAAUGUCCUCUUAUCACCGUUGUUAAUUUGUUAAAACAUAAAGCAAUCUAAAAUUUCA